GGGAGAGGGAUGCAAUAGGGCACAGGUGAAUGAGGACACAGUGAAUGAGGAUGAGACACUGAAAGGAGAUGGGGCUCCCAGCCCCAAAAAGAUCCUGACUCUCAGGGCAACGACUUGGGUUCCACUGAGCAGAGUGGUUGGGUGAUGGCUAGAGGCAGGCAGGAGGCUAUGUGUUCUCUGUGUCCUCCCUGGGUAGAACCAUAAGCAACGGCUCAGGUCCUUCCAGGGCAGCUGUGCCAGAUCCACCUGGCCUGACUUGCUCCCUGGCCCUGGACCACCUGGGACCAGCCCCAUAAGGAAUCUGCUCCCCUCAAGGCUUUGCCCUCAGCCCAGCUCCUCCAAUCCGAAGCUCCACCUGGACAGCAUCCUGGGCAACCCCCAGCCCCAGCCCUGUGCUCAGCACUGCCAUCAGCAGUGAUGCAAGCUUCACCCAGCACGCACGAGCACAUUCCUGUGGGCAGAGUGGGCCUGUCUUACCCCCACACACCCUCGAAGGGGCUCACUCCCUUGGGCUGGACAGACCUGCUGGUCCUGUAGAGACUCCACCCAAAAUUGCUAUACAAGUGAAAUCAGACUAAAGAAAACAUUAAAAGCAGCCUCGAAAGGGUGAAGGAGUCAUAAAUGUGCAGAGGAGGUGAAGGCCGUGGGAGGGCAAGGAGCAGGCUCUCUCUGCUGGGCGAAGCAGUUCCUAACACUUGGGUGUCCGGCUAACCUCCCUGGGGGAAGACCCACAUCCCCAAGCCAACCCCAGCUCUCCCCACCAAUAAAAGGACCAGGGAGGAUCAGAGAAACCAGAAGGAUCCUGAGCCUCGCACUCUGCCGCCCGAACCACCUUCCGCUGCAUCUCAGACUCUGCUCAGCCUCACACGAUGUCGUGCCGCUCCUACAGGAUCAGCUCAGGAUGCGGGGUCACCAGGAACUUCAGCUCUUGCUCAGCUGUGGCCCCCAAAACUGGCAAUCGCUGCUGCAUCAGCGCCGCCCCCUACCGAGGGGUGUCCUGCUACCGAGGGCUGACGGGCUUCGGCAGCCGCAGCCUCUGCAACCUGGGCUCCUGCGGGCCCCGGAUAGCUGUAGGUGGCUUCCGAGCCGGCUCCUGCGGACGCAGCUUCGGCUACCGCUCCGGGGGCGUGUGCGGACCCAGCCCCCCAUGCAUCACCACCGUGUCGGUCAACGAGAGCCUCCUCACGCCCCUCAACCUGGAGAUCGACCCCAACGCGCAGUGCGUGAAGCAGGAGGAGAAGGAGCAGAUCAAGUCCCUCAACAGCAGGUUCGCGGCCUUCAUCGACAAGGUGCGCUUCCUGGAGCAGCAGAACAAGCUGCUGGAGACCAAGUGGCAGUUCUACCAGAACCAGCGCUGCUGCGAGAGCAACCUGGAGCCACUGUUCAGUGGCUACAUUGAGACUUUGCGGAGGGAGGCUGAGUGCGUGGAGGCCGACAGCGGGAGGCUGGCCUCAGAGCUCAACCAUGUGCAGGAGGUGCUGGAGGGCUACAAGAAGAAGUAUGAAGAGGAGGUGGCCCUGAGAGCCACGGCAGAGAACGAGUUUGUCGUUCUAAAGAAGGACGUGGACUGCGCCUACCUGCGGAAAUCAGACCUGGAGGCCAAUGUGGAAGCCCUGGUGGAGGAGUCUAGCUUCCUGAGGCGCCUCUAUGAAGAGGAGAUCCGCGUUCUCCAAGCCCACAUCUCAGACACCUCGGUCAUAGUCAAGAUGGACAACAGCCGAGACCUGAACAUGGACUGCAUCGUCGCUGAGAUCAAGGCUCAGUAUGACGAUGUUGCCAGCCGCAGCCGGGCCGAGGCUGAGUCCUGGUACCGUAGCAAGUGUGAGGAGAUGAAGGCCACAGUGAUCAGGCACGGGGAGACCCUGCGCCGCACCAAGGAGGAGAUCAACGAACUGAACCGCAUGAUCCAGAGGCUGACGGCCGAGAUUGAGAAUGCCAAGUGCCAGCGUGCCAAGCUGGAGGCUGCUGUGGCCGAGGCAGAGCAGCAGGGUGAGGCGGCCCUCAGCGAUGCCCGCUGCAAGCUGGCUGAGCUGGAGGGCGCCCUGCAGAAGGCCAAGCAGGACAUGGCCUGCCUGCUCAAGGAGUACCAGGAGGUGAUGAACUCCAAGCUGGGCCUGGACAUCGAGAUCGCCACCUACAGGCGCCUGCUGGAGGGCGAGGAACACAGGCUGUGUGAAGGUGUGGGCUCCGUGAAUGUCUGUGUCAGCAGCUCCCGUGGUGGAGUCUCCUGUGGGGGCCUCUCCUACAGCUCUACCCCAGGGCGCCAGAUCACUUCUGGCCCCUCAGCCAUAGGGGGCAGCAUCACGGUGGUGGCCCCUGACUCCUGUGUGCCCUGCCAGCCUCGCUCCUCCAGCUUCAGCUGCGGGAGUAGCCGGUCGGUCCGCUUUGCCUAGUAGAGUCAUGGAGCCAGGGCUUCCUGCCAAGCACCUGCCUGCCUGCAUCACUGCACUGAAUGGCAUGUGAAUGGAAAAUGUGUGCUUGCUUCCAGAAUCUUCCAGAUGUUCCUACAGAGGGAAGGACCUACAGAGGGAAAGACCCUCGGGCCGCUCCCCUGCGCCUUCUCAUGCUAGGGAGAUGCAUCCUAGUUGUCCUCCUGGCAGCUGUUUUCAGAGGCAGUCCCAGCCCUUCACCUAACUCCUACUUAGCUCCAAAAUACCUGUAGCCAAUUUGCAUUAUUUCCCAAGCUCUCAGGGACAAGACCAGUCCCCCAGCAUGGUGGUCAGCACGGAAGCUCCACCUCCUGGGUGGAGGUGCCAUCUUAACCAUCCAGCCAGGCCACCCACAACCCGAGAAUCAGGGAGAAAGUCCCUCCCCAGCAGCCCCCUCCUCCUGGCUGGGAAGAAUGGUCCCCCAGCAAGCACUUGCCUGUUCAUUCCUGUUCAUGUUUUGCUUCUCUCUCGGACUGCCUUCCUACUUCUGGGCUAACCUGUUCCAGCCAGGCUCCUCAGGUGACCUCGCAGUUGAGAAGCCCAUUAUUGUGGGGCAUCCUUUUGCCUACAGUCCCUGGUUAGGGCACUUUGGACAGGUCUUGCUAUUCAGUGCACCUUUGUACAUUUCAAAGAAGACUCCAUGGCUGCUCCAGAUGCCCCCUUGCUGGGUGCAGGUGGGAACUGCCCAAUGCAGAGCUGGUGGGACAGAGAGUUAAGCCACUUCCUGGGUCUCCUUCUUAUGACUGUCUAUGGGUGCAUUGCCUUCUGGGUUGUCUCAAUCUGUGUUUCAAUAAAUGCCACUGCGAU